AUGACAGACAUGGACGAACAAACUCUUCGAGCUUCAAAACUCCCAAUCAAACGAACAGCGACCCACAUUUACUUCUACGGCUGGGAAGGCCAAGAGCCAGAAGUGUGUUUACAGCAAUGGUACGAGUGUAAAUUUACCGAUGCGGCUCUGCUCGGAUCACCCACUUUCAAAACGACGGAACAAUAUAUGAUGUACCGAAAAGCGAUUCUCUUUCACGACCAAGCCACCGCCGAAAAGAUUCUGGCUGCAGAAACUCCAGGUGAAGCGAAAGCAUUGGGAAGACAAGCCGCACCAUUUGAUAGACAUAACUGGGAAACGUCAUGUGACGGAGUAGUCGAGCAGGGAAACUUCCUCAAAUUCAGUCAGAAUCCGGAACUCAAAGAUAUUCUUCUAGGCACUGGCGAUAAAAUUUUGGUAGAAGCCAGCCCGACUGAUAGGAUAUGGGGUAUUGGUUUUGACUCUGAGAAUGCGGAGGGGAAUGAGAAGGAUUGGGGGGCGAAUAAGCUGGGGAAUGCUUUGAUGAAGGUUCGAGAGCGAUUAAGAUCCAUUAAGUGA